UAAUUUUGUACAUCUGCUAUUUUGCUGUAUUUUUGAAGAUUUACUCUAUUUAUUCACGCAGCAGUUUUUUUAUUGAUUGUUCUUUAUUAAAUUUUUAUUAUUUACAAUGAGCGGAUCAGGAUCCGGAUCAGGAUCUGGUGCAGCUGCUUCUGCUACCAGCGAAAAUUCAGCCAAAGAAGUCUAUAGUUGUUCGGCAUGCCGUGUCAAUUUUACCGACAGGCAAACACAGAGGGCGCAUAUGAAAGAUGAUUGGCACGUCUGCAACUUGAAGCGCCGCAUAGACGCCUUGCCUCCAAUAUCAGAGGCUACAUUCAACGGGGAAGUGCUUCCUGAAACCGAUGCGGCAGACGCGUCUUCAGGAUUUCAGCUUUCGUGCUCUGCCUGUGGCCAGAAUUUUCUGAACCAAAAAGCAUGGCAAGAACAUCUCAAAUCACGAAAUCACACAAGGAGAGCCACCAAAUUGCCCGUUUCGCCGGACGAAACCCCUGAACCAAGUUCUCCCCUUUCAAACACCCGCAAGGAAGAUGAACCGGCCAGUCCAGCCAAACCUUUCAGUUCGCUGGAUUGUUUAUUCUGCAACGUGAAAUCUACGUCAUUAGGUUCUAAUAUCGCACACAUGUCUCACGCCCACAGCUUCUUUAUCCCCAAUUCCGAAGAACUCACCGACAUCGACUCUCUUCUCGGUUACCUCUAUACCCUAAUAUCAGUUUUCCACGAAUGCCUUUUCUGCGGGAGCUUAAAACCUAACAGGCUCGCCGUCCAAGAUCACAUGUGUGGCAAAGGCCAUUGCAUACUUGAUUUUUCGAACGACCGACAUAAAUUCUGGCAGUUUUAUGAUGUCGACGAUUCUCAGGACGAGCCCCAAGGAGUGAAUUUGGUUCCGGAUGACGACGAUGACUUGCACCUACCAUCGGGUAAAACCGUUGGUUCUCGCUCAGGCGCGCGCAGCACUCAUAGAAAUUCCAAGAGGCGCUCAUCCUCCGCGCCAUCAUUACGCCGACACCUCCUCAAUGAGGAGGAGUCUGAGGCAACGCCUCCGGCAACGCUCGAUAGGAGAUUAAUCGCAAGGGCCGGUACAUCCACCAGUAUGAUUGGUAUCCCAGAAGUCCAACGACUCGCAUUGGUGGCUGUGGAGAGACAAAUGUUUGCGAUGGAAAUGAGGGGGCAGAAUGAACGCCAGUCAAGAGUUGACAAGGGUGGUAAUCGGCAGAAGCGAUACAAAGUGGCUGGAAUUGGAAAGAAGCAGGGUGGUUUAGAAAAGCGCUUGGGCUAAGAGCGUUCGGGUGGAGCUGUUCUCACAGCUUCUGGAACAAGCCAGGGGUGCUUCAGCAUCUCAGCCGCUGAUUUCCUGUCAUCGGGAUCAAUGGCCAGCACGUUCUCCAAGAAGUCGACAAAGACAGGCACCUCGGCCUUCGGCAUAUCCUUCGGCCUUCGAAGGACCUCAGUCUCGCCAUCCAUCAAUGAGAGGAAAGACGCGGGCGAAAGCUUUGGGAUACGCAGCAAAUUACCUGGUGGAGAGGUUAGCAUUUAUCGCCAAGAACAUCAAAGACAGCUGGCGGAACUCAUUCGUUCCAGCAUACCUUCAUCGAAGAACUCCUUAGGCCUGGCGCCUCGUUCAAGAAGAGCCCUAGGAAAAGGCCCGAAAACCUCGAUGAGCUGUGCGAGCCGGUCAUCUUCCGCUGUCCAUGUUCCAUCCCGCGAUGCGGCCCCAGGGAAUGGGAGAUGGCCCUUCACGAACUCAAUAAUCUAGAGCAAUGUUAAUUAUUUCUCCCCCU